CGAAACAACAUGGCGGCAAUGGAAGCUCUUGUAAAUGCCUAUGGUGAUGAUAGCGAUUCUGAAGGAAAUGAAAGUCCUGAAGAGGAAACUACAGCAGAUCAUACGGCACAUCUAAAUUCUAAUGUCUCAAUUUCACAACUUCAAUCCAAAGUUCAGGUUAAAAGUGCUCCUGUUGUCACUGCAAAGGAGGCUGUCGGUGUGAUUAGACAAGUCGAUCCCAACACCAAGCAAGUCACUUACAACCCGCGAUAUGAAGAGAUGUACUCCCCGGAGGUUGGACCAUCCAAUCCCUUUAAAACUAGGCAGCAAAAUGCUCCAAAGAAUGCACUAGCUGGUUAUGUUGAACCAGCUCACAUGAGUGACUUUACAUUUGAGACUCAAAGAAGAACAUUUACUAGUUAUGGUGAGGAUGUUAAAAAAAAUUGAAGAACUGAUUAUUCAGUGAAAUUCAGUGUAUUUAUUGAAUGGUAUAAGCAGGCAGUAUAGGCUGGUGGAAUGAGUCUUUACUGACACAAAACUUCUUUUAACUCUUUCCACCUUAACAUCAGUAUGUAUAUUCUCAGUACUGUUCAUACAUUUCCUGAGCAGCUGACAAGGAGAAUUUGUUUAACAAUCAAGAGCUUCUUUAGUUGGUGAUCAU